ACACUCUCCCAAGUGAAGUGAGCCCUUCCCGCGCGCAGAGAGGACGGAAGCAGAGGAGGCCGGCCACCCAGCCAUGGAUGCCGAGAUGGCCAUGGGCGACAGCUUCGCCUACUACUGGGAGACGCAGCGCUACCUCGAGUCGGAGGAGCUCGACAGCAUCUACCUGCCGACGCAGGACGACUCCAACUACUACUCCAGCUCGCCGGACGGGUCGCACGCGUCGUCGGCGGUCGCGGCGGCCAGCGGCGCGGACGCGGCGGCGGCGGCCGUCGACGCGGGCGGCGCGAACAAGAACAUCCUCAUGGAGCGCGACCGCCGCCGGAAGCUGAACGAGAAGCUCUACGCGCUGCGCAGCGUCGUGCCCAACAUCACCAAGAUGGACAAGGCGUCGAUCAUCAAGGACGCGAUCGAGUACAUCCAGCGCCUGCAGGCGGAGGAGCAGCAGAUGGUCAGGGAGGUGGCCGCGCUCGAGUCCGCCGCCGCCGCGAACGCCCCGGCGGCGAACCCAUUCGGCAUCGGCGGCGGUGGAGCGGAGGAGUACGAGUACGAGUACGGCGGCCACGGCGCGCUGGCGCAGCGGAGCAAGAAGGUGAAGCGCGCCCUUUCCGUCUCCUCCAUCAACGACGCGCUCCUCGCCGCCGCGGCGGACGCCUCGCCCUCCCCGCAGCCGCCCGUCGAGAUCCAGGAGCUCCGCGUGUCCGAGGUUGGCGACAAGGUGCUGGUCGUCAGCGUGACUUGCAGCAAGCGCCGCGACGCCAUGGCCAGGGUGUGCCGCGCCCUCGAGGAGCUCCGCCUCCGCGUCAUCACCGCCAACAUCACCUCCGUCGCCGGCUGCCUCAUGCACACCCUCUUCGUCGAGGUAGAUCAUAUGGAUAGUGUCCAGAUGAAACAGAUGGUGGAGACCGCCCUCUCUCAGCUUGUCGCUACCGGCAGUCCGUUGAGCUCGAUGGCAGUCCGUUGAGCUCGAUGAGUUAUUAGUUACACGAGUAGUUUACAUAUAAGGUGUUGCGCUUUGUGGCUACAAAUCUCGACUAGUCUGUUAUAAUAAGGCGUCUUUUUAGGAUAUGCUUGGAUGGUGUUGUUCUCGCUGUUUUUGCGACACCCCUCUACGUGAUGGAGGUGGUUGUUUUACUGUGAGAACUAUUUUAUGGCUGGAUGAUAAGUUAAGUAUGCUUGGACCUACUGUAACUUGCUUUCACGAGUGUUUUUAUAUAAAUCUUGAGUAUGCUGACAUAUGUACUAGCUAUUAAUGUGGAUGAAUAAUAAGGUGGCCAUCUUAAUGAAAAAAAUGUUGUUGCUUAU